AUGCUGCAGCAGAUCCUUCGUGACAUGUGGGUUGACCCGGAGAUCCUCGCCGAGCUGGACGAGACACAGAAACAGACUCUCUUUUGCAAAAUGAGAGAAGAACAGGUCCGUCGCUGGCAGCUAUGGGAUGAUAAAGUGUGUAAGGAAGACACCGGGCGAAAAUUCACUUCCAAUGGGAAAAAGCAAGUUCAAUUUCUUAAAGGCGAGGAUGGAGAACCAUGGGUGUGGGUGAUGGGUGAGCAUCCCAACGAUCAAUCUAUCGAGUGCAUCUUAGCUGAAGAGGCCAGACAAAGAGCACUCGCCCAGGCAAGAGAAGAGGCACACCAGCUGCGCAAAUCGGUUGAGAAGGAGCUCACACAUCUUAUUGACUAUAAACCUUUGGAUAGCUUAGAACAGAAAUUCGACCUAUCUCCAAAGACCGUAGACAGUUUAGAAGAUACAUUGGACUUAUACUGCACAGUGGAUGAGCUAAGGGAAAGGAUGGAGGCGCUGGAAGCUGAAGAUAAAAAAGGAAUUGAGAAGACAUACUGCGAAGAUAUCAAACUGGACCUAAAGCAGAAUACGCUGCAUUUUAACUUCAUUGAAGGAAAGAAGGAUAUCCAAGACUCGAACGUGUGUCGUGGCGAUGGAGUAAGCCUCCGUGUUGCGGCGUGGGAGCGUCGUGUAGCGGCGGCUAGAGCGGGCGAUAUAUUGCGGGGCUUAAAAGCGCGGCGCGCGCGCACUUUACGGGACGCGCAGUUGCAGGCGAAGGACGAGGAUGCUGUGUGGAGGGAACAGGAGAGGAAAGCGAAGGAAGCGGAAGCUGCCAUGAGAGAGAUAGCAAGAGCAGCUCGUGAAGCCCAUCGUCGAAGCAAUGAACCGGAAUCCGUCUGUCCAACACAAGUAAACAAACCACCGAAUAAGGAGGCUGUCGUGGAAUGGUUUAGGAAGCAAGAAAUGGCGGGCGGCAUUUUCGACGACAACAAAACCGCGGAAUGGUUUCACGGAUUAAUCAGCCGAUCGGAAGCCGAGCAGGCUCUAUGCAAUAAGUCAGAAGGGACCUUCCUGGUCCGACUGUCAGAGCGAGUGUGGGGCUACGCGAUAUCAUACCGAGCGGAGUCGCGGUGCAAACACUACCUUGUCGAUACAAGUGAUGGUUACCGUUUAUUAGGCGCAGGACAGAUCUCUCAUAAUACCUUAGCUGAUCUCAUAAAUUUCCAUCAAGAGAUCCCAAUAACAGAAAGUGGAGGCGAGUUGCUGGUGAGCGCGUGCGUUCCCGCUCAAACGCGUGUCAUAUGA